AUGGGUUCCCUUCGAUUUCUCCUAUUCGCAUCUGUCGCUGCUUUGGUUUCUUGUCGCGACGUCCCUGACAACAUCAAGGCCUUCAAGGAGAGCAUCAUCAAACAGGGUUCCUGUAAAAAUGCUCUCGCCAAGGGCUUCCACAGCGCUGAUGGCGAUGACGGUUCCUAUGUCUACUGUGGUGACCAUCUAAAAGAUUACAAUGUCGUUUACCUUCAAGGUACCGAGGGAAAACUCGUCAACAUGGACAUCGACUGCGAUGGCAUCCAGGGAAGUUCAGCAGAUGAUGGACGCUGUGGCUCCUCAGGCGAUACUCAGUCUGUUACCUCUUUCCAAGACAGCCUACAAACAUACAGCACCAAGCAUAAAGACCUUGAUGCCAAUAUCCAUCCUUACGUUGUGUUCGGAAACCUAGGCACCAAGAAGAACUGGCCAACCUUUGAUGCACAAAAGCACGGCAUCAAGCCUUUGAGUAUUAUCGCAGUCGUAUGCGGCGAGAAAAUGUUCUAUGGUAUCUGGGGCGAUGAGAAUGGCGAUGACGGCGAAGAAGCCAUGGUUGGAGAAGCCGCCAUCUCACUAGCAACAGCCUGUUACGGCAAAUCCAUCAACGGAAACAAUGGUCACGACGACGACGAUGUUUUGUACAUUGCGUUCCCUGGUAAUGAUGCCGUGCCAGGAGAUGAAGGUGCCGACUGGAACGCCACCAGUUUUAAGGAUUUUGAGUCAAGUCUUAGCAGCGUUGGGGAUAAGCUGGUUGCGCGCAUCAACGACACGGGCAAUGACAACGGCACAGACAGCGGCGAUGACAGCAAAGACGACGAUAGUGGCGCGUCUCGCCUGUCAACAUGGGGACUGGGAUGCCUUGUUGUUUCAACAAUGGCUGCCAUGAUGAUCUAG